UUUGUACCUAUAUAUAAAUAGAACCACUAACAAAGCGUCGGCCUCCUUCGCAGAGUCUAGGGUUUUCUGCUGCUGCUACUUCUACUGUCGCGCCGCCGCCGCCGCCGCCCCCGCUCCCCGUACUCAUUUCCAAUGGCCAAGAGAACCAAGAAGGUUGGAAUCGUUGGGAAAUAUGGCACCCGAUAUGGUGCUAGUUUGAGGAAGCAGAUUAAGAAGAUGGAAGUUAGUCAGCAUAGCAAGUACUUCUGCGAGUUCUGUGGGAAGUAUGCAGUGAAAAGGAAGGCUGUCGGCAUAUGGGGAUGCAAGGACUGUGGCAAAGUGAAAGCAGGCGGUGCUUACACUUUGAACACUGCGAGUGCCGUGACCGUGAGGAGCACCAUCAGAAGGUUGAGGGAGCAGACGGAGAGUUAAAUUUAGUGAAAUUUGUCUUGAAUUUUCAUUUGAACUAAAGUAACUUAGACACGGGGACUUGUGAGAUUGUUAGCUAUUAUAUGUACUUUGUCUUCCAUGUCUCUUUUUGACUAAAAUUCUUCAAGAUUUGCAGCGCUAUUUGAUAUGUAUGUUUUCUUCUAAUU